GUUUAAAUGUGAUACUAGAUGAGUUUUUGUAAGCACUUGUAUGGGAAUCUCUGAACUCUUUCAUUUUCUGCUUGCUCCUUGGUGCAACAGCUAUUCAUUAAAGAAAUGUCAUUAAUAUUUUCCUGUUAAACGAGUGACCAGUCAGCUAUCAAAAUGAAGAUCCUACUCUUCAAGUUUCUUUUGUUCUGCUGGCUUCAGAUAUCUUUUACUCAGAAAGCAGCUGUACCUGAGUAUGCAGAUCUUGUCUUUCUGGUUGACAGUUCCAGUAACCUGGGAGAGAAGGGCUUCGCCCAAGUGAAAACCUUAAUUACCAGAAUAAUCUCUUCAUUGCCUGUAGGACCAGACAAAUAUCGGGUUGGGCUGGCACAAUACAAUGAUGAUUUAGACAUUGGUUUUCUGCUAAACACCUACAAGGGAAAGGGCCCAGUUAUAAGUCAUAUAAAAAAUAAACUUGCAUAUAAAGGUGGAUCUCUAAAGCUUGGCAAUGCACUCACAAAAGCACAUGAAAAGUUCUUUAAAGAAGUCAGUGAUAGAGACAAAUCAGUGUAUCCACCAGUUCUAGUUGUUGUUGCUUCUGGAUCGUCUCUGGAUGAAGUUACCCAGCCAGCCCUUGAGCUUCAACAGGAUGGAGUCAGAAUAGUUUCAGUAGGGUUACAAACAGCCCCCUUGUCUCAACUGCAAGCCAUAGCUUCAUCCACUAGGCAUGUCUUACAGGUAUCCAACAUUCGAGAUAUCCCUGCAGUCUCUACAACUCUGAUAGACAGCAUUAAGGAUGUGGUGCAAAGUAAGACUGUUGUACCAACACCUUCAGCAACAGAUGUUACAGAUAUAUCAGUUUUCCCUACAGUUAUUGAAGAUGUAAAUAUCACUGUUGAUUCAAGAAUAUACACUUGUGACCAAGAAUUUACUGCAGACAUAGUAUUUAUAAUAGAUACUUCUCGUCACAAACCUUCUGAAAGUGAAAACUUAAAGAAAUUUCUUUCUGAUGUCGUAUCAACGCUACCAAUAAGUGAAAACUGUGCCCAUGUGCAUUUGGUUAAAUAUGGCAGCAAAGCUGAAUUUCUGGCCCCACUAGAGACAGGAGUAAACAAAAGCCGUGUGUUGGAGGCCAUAAAAUCCAUAACUCCAAUGAAAGAAGAGGCAGCUAACACUGGCCACGCUCUUAACUUUACAAGAACUGAAGUUGUUGCUGAUCCAAAGACAAGUAGGAAGGGACAAGGAAUAAAGCAAAUUAGUAUUUUGAUCACUCAUAGUCCAUCUGCAGAUAAUGUCACUGAUGCUGCGCAUCUACUGCGACAAGACAGAGUAACAAGCUUUGCCUUGGGGAUUGCAGAAGCCAAAAAAAAUCAAAUGGACCAAAUAGCAUCCUACCCACCUGACAGUUAUACUAUAAGCUUAAAGGGAUUUUCAGACCUUUCUACACAGGUGGAAUAUUUACAAAAAAAUAUUCAGAAUGAGCUGGAAGAUUACACAGUACAAUCCUAUGCAAGAACAGGCCUUAUUCAACAAGGAUGCCUGGACACAGAGGCUGCUGAUAUCUAUUUACUUGUUGAUGAGUCUGGCAGCAUUACUACUGACAACUUCCAAGAAAUGAAGACAUUUUUGAAAAAACUUGUAGAAAUGUUUGACAUAGGACCUGAAAAGGUUCUGGUUAGAUGUGUACUCUAUUCAGAUUCACCAAGAGAGAUUCCAAUCGGUAGAGACUUUAGUAAAGAUGAAUUAAAAUCUGCCCUGCAAAAUCUAAGGCAAUUAGGAGGUGGAACAAAUACUGGAAAAGCUAUUAAUUUCACUCAGCAGGUAAUUACAAAAACAGAAAACACUAGGCCUGGGGAUGUGCCAGUAUAUCUGAUUGUCCUUACAGAUGGAGAGUCCCAGGACAGUGUGAAGGAGGCUGCUGAGAUUGUCCGGGGUCAUGGUGUAAACACUUAUGCAAUUGGAGUAAAAGGGUAUAAUAAAACUCAGUUGCUGGAGAUCACAGGAGCAGAGCACAGGGUUCACUUAGCCCACGACUUUGAUUCCUUGAAACACAUUAAGGAUGUUAUAGCACAGCAAAUCUGUUUUGGAAAAGCAUGUCAAGACUUAAUGGCAGACAUUUUGUUUCUGGUUGAUAGUUCCAGUGGUAUGGGAUCAGACAAGUUUAGCAAAAUGAAAACAUUCAUGAAAGAUCUGGUCAACAAAACGGAGGUUGGAUUGACAGGUGUACAGUUUGCAGCUGUUCAGUUCAGUAAUUCAAUUAAGGAAGAAUUCCAGUUCAAUAAACAUGCAACCAAAAAUGCCAUUUGGGACUCCAUAGACAACAUGAAUUUAAUGGGCAAUGUUGCAAAGACUGGAAAUGCCUUAGCAAAUGUAGCUGACUACUUUACAGAGGCUAAAGGAGCAAGACCAAGUUCAAAAGUUAGUAAAAUUCUUCUACUGAUCACAGAUAAUCCAUCACAAGAUGAAGUAAAAGUUCCAGCCGAUUCUUUAAGAAGCAAUGGAUUGAUCAUCUAUUCUAUAGGUGGCUUCAGUGCAAAUAAAAAAGAACUUCAAGAGAUAAGUGGAAAAAUAACACCUUACUACCAGUCAUUUGACAAACUGCAGACAAUUGAAAAUGAUUUGCUUUUUAGAAUUUGCAAUCCUGAAGAAGAAUGCAAGAGAAUAGAAGUGGCAGAUAUUGUCUUUGUAAUUGAUUCAUCUGGCAGUAUAGACUAUACAGAAUAUAAGGAAAUGCAAAAUUUUAUGGUAUCGUUGGUGAACAAGUCAGCUGUUGGACCAGAUAAUGUUCAAUUCGGCGCUCUCAAAUACUCUGAUUACAACACAGAACUCUUCUACCUGAACAGGUAUACAAACAAAGUGGACAUUAUAAAUCAUAUCAACAAAGAUACAACACAAGGUGGAAACACAUACACUGCAGGAGCGGUUAGGUUUUCAAAAGAGUUUUUCACAGAGAAACAUGGAAGCCGCAAGGCAAGGGGAGUGCCUCAGAUUGUAAUGGUUAUAACUGAUGGAGAUUCUCAUGAUAAAGAUAAACUGAAUGAGACAGCAAGGCAGCUAGAACAAGAAGGCAUCAUCAUCUAUGCUAUCGGCAUUGAUCAAGCAAACACCAAUGAGCUGGAAACAUUGGCUGGGACAGAAGGCAAAUGGUUCAUGGUAGCUAACUUCAGUGGAUUACAGGACAUCCUUGUACAGGUAUCAGAGGCAAUGUGCAAUAAAACAGACUGCAAGGUUGAACAAGCAGAUCUGUUGUUUCUUAUUGAUGGAUCCAGUAAUACUUCUGAAGAAACAUUCAGGGAAAUAAAAAAUUUUGUGGUAUCAGUUAUGGAUGAUUUUAAUGUUGGCCCUGUAAAUGUCCAUAUAGCUGUUUCUCAGUACAGUGAGUCUUGCAUUCGAGAAAUUAAUUUUGACUAUUCUACUGAAAGAGGAACUUUAAAGAAUGAAAUAAUAAACAUCAGAAAGACCAAAGGGCGGCGUCAUAUUGGAGCAGCACUUGAUUUCACAAAAUCUACCGUGUAUAGCCCAUCCAGUGAUAACCGUUUAAACCAGGGUGUGAAGCAGCUUCUUGUAGUGAUUACUGCUGGAAAUGCAUCAGAUCAAGUUGCACGACCCGCGAAGGCUCUUAGGGACCGUGGAGUCGAUAUAUAUGCUGUGGGAAUAGGAAAUAUUUGCAAGACACAGCUUACACAGAUAACUGGAUCACCUGAGAAGAUAUAUACUGAUGAUGUCAGUGGCUUGAAAGCAAUUAAAAAGAGGCUUGUUAGGGAUACAUGUUCAAAAGAUCCUGUUACCAAUUGUUCCCUUGAUGUUGUGGUCAGUUUCGACAUCUCCACCCAGUCCAGAGGUCAACGUUUAUUCCAUGACCAUCCUGAACUAGAAACUAUCCUGCCAAACGUUUUAAAGUCAAUGGUGUCUCUGAAAAGCCCAAGCUGUGGUGCAGGAAAGCAGCCUCAAGCUUCUGUGGCAUUUUAUGUGAAAGAUACAAACAGUGUUUCCAGAUUCAACACCUACAGCCAAGACCUAUUUAAUAAAUUAAAGGAAGUUAAAGUUAGUGGCCCUUCAUACCUUGAUUCUUUUUUUCUGAAGUCUUCAUGGGAUAUCUUUAAGAAUACAGACAAAGGAAAAGCAAAGAUGCUACUCGUGUUCACUGAUGGACUAGAUGAAGAUGUAAAACAACUUGAAUACACAGCAGGGUUUAUUCGAUCCCAAGGGCUGAAUGCAUUAGUUACAGUUGCUUUGGAAGGAAGCAAAAAGGUGGAGGACAUGAAGAUGAUUGAAUUUGGCAGAGGUUUUGAAUAUAAAAAUCAGAUGCAUGUUGGAAUGCCAGGCAUUGGUCUCAGGUUGGCCAGACAAGCAGACCAUUCUGUUGAGACCAUAUGCUGCUGUGUAUUUUGUAAGUGCUAUGGAGAAACAGGUGAACCAGGAGAUGUUGGUGCUUAUGGAAUAAAGGGAAGAAAUGGGGCUAAAGGACAGCAAGGACACAGAGGAGAUGAUGGUGAAAGUGGUGAAAGAGGAUUACUUGGUCCAACUGGUGAGCAAGGAAUCAAGGGAUGCGAUGGAGCCAGAGGACGCAAGGGAAACAGAGGAUAUGCAGGAAGCAAAAGUGAUGAUGGUGAGCCUGGACUUGAAGGAUUGCCAGGAGAACAGGGGAACACUGGCCUUCCUGGGACAAAAGGAGAAAAAGGAGUACCCGGACAAGCAGGUAGUCCUGGUUCACGAGGAAUUAAAGGAGACGAAGGAAAUGAAGGCUUUCGAGGAGCUCCAGGUCAACCUGGAACUAGUAGCUCUAUCCCUGGUCCCCCCGGUUUGAAAGGAGAUCCAGGACAAGAGGGUGAAGCUGGGCGUCAGGGUCCACCGGGACCUCCUGGAAGCAGAGGAACAGGGAGUUUACAAGGUAGAAGAGGCGUUCCAGGCCCAAAGGGAAUAAAGGGAGAGCCUGGUGAGACUGGCUAUGCUGGGGAUCAGGGAGAGCGAGGACCUCAGGGAGACAUUGGGAGCAGUGGAUUAAAAGGUGAAAAAGGACUUAGUGGAUCCCAAGGAAAUCGAGGACCACCUGGUAUUGAAGGUUCUACAGGGAGUCCAGGGAAACCUGGACCAUUGGGGAGAAAGGGAGAGUCUGAAGGGCCUGGACAAAAAGGAGAACCUGGAACAGCUGGAAAAAGAGGACAGCCGGGUGAAGAUGGAAGAUCUGGUUAUGGUAAAGCAGGAAAAAAAGGAGUGAAGGGACAACAAGGAUUUCCAGGGGAAAUAGGUGUUAUGGGACCAAGAGGAGAUGCUGGGAUGGAUGGAGUAAAAGGUCUAAAGGGAUACAAAGGGAACCCGGGUCCUUCAUCUAAAGGGGAAGCUGGAAAUCGAGGAAUUCCCGGGUACCCAGGCCGGAUGGGAAGAAAAGGAGACCGUGGGCCCUCACCACCCUCUGCAUGUGAACUAAUUGAAUUUGUACGUGAUAAAUGCACAUGUUGCCAAGGAAAACCUCCCUGCCCUGUGUAUCCUACAGAAUUAGUUUUUGCUCUAGAGAUGUCAAGUGCAGUGACCCCAGCAAUUUACACACGAAUGCUAACACUGACAAAAGAUAUUGUGAGCAACAUCACAAUCAGAGCAAGUAACUGUCCAGCAGGGGCUCGCGUGGCAGUUGUGUCCUAUAAUUCAAAUAUAAAGCACCUCAUACGAUUCUCUGACUUUCAAAUCAAGGACAAGUUGAUAAAGGCUGUGGAAAGUAUUCCUCUGGAAAAGUCCUCUCAAAGCCCUGAUGUUGGGGGUGCCAUGACGUUUGUAGCAAGAAAUAUUUUUAAGAGAUCCCUUCAAGGCUUCACAGUCAGAAGAAUCGCUGUGCUUCUCAGCAGUGGACGUUCUGAAAAUGCCAAUAACAUCAACAUGGCAGUCAUGGAAUAUGGUGCUCUUGGUAUCAUUCCAGUGGUAUUUGCAUUCAACCCAGCACCUCUUAUCAAGCGUGCCUUUGAAAUGGAUGCAACAGGAGCUUUUGAACUGAUUGAAAUGAAACCAAAUGUAGAUCCAUUAAAAAAUUUCAAGCUGUGCACUCUGUGUUUUGACAAAUGUCGGCCAGAAAAGUCCUGUGGCGACAAAUCAACUCAACAAAAGCCACCUAUGGAUGUUGCCUUUCUUCUUGAUAGUUCAUACAAUGUGAAAUACGAUGAAUUUGAAGCAGCAAGAGAAUUUUUAGGCAGCAUGAUUGAUCAUUUUGACAUUGAAGGAUCAGCUUCUGAUAGAGUAGCACUUGUGACCUUUAAUGAAAGUUAUCAUGUUGACUUUAACUUAUUAUCCUAUGACAACAAAAGUAGGAUCAAGAAACACAUACAGGAAAGUGUUCAACAGGUCAGUGGCCAACCAGCUCUUGGCUUAUCGCUACAAUAUACAAUUGAGAACAUUAUGGCAAAGACACCCAAUCUAAGGAAACACAAAGUCAUAAUUAUUAUAUUAUUUGGAGAGACAAGCCAGUGGGACAAGCAGACACUCAGUGAUGCCUCUCAAAAAGCCAAAUGUGAAGGCUAUGCUGUAUUUGUGCUUUCCAUUGGUAGAUCACAUAACAACACUGAACUGACAGAGCUUGCAAGUAAACCUUUGGAUCAUCACUUACUUGGACUUGGUAGAAUACACAAACCAGACCUUGUGUAUGCCAGUGGGUUUCUGCAACAAUUUCUUAAUUAUGUGAGAAGAGGUAUUGGCAAGUAUCCCUCAGCCGAGCUCAAGAAGAAAUGCUCAGCAGCUGCAGUGCCAGUCAGCAGAAGAAGAUUGCCCUCACAGACUGAUGCAGAAGAAAUGAGAAGAGCAGGAGCUGAAUAUCUUUCUGAUAUGCAGUUGGACUUUAUCUCUCAGAAACAAAGCAGCAACAUGGACAACUUAGCAUUCCAGAACCUAGAAAGAGAGUUACUCAGGGCUGACUCUGAAGAAGCCAAGACGGGCCACAUCAGAUAACAUGUUUGUGGUAUAUCUCCUACUUACUAAUGUCAUUCCAAUCAUCUUGGCUUUUAUAUUUUGUUAUAAAUGUAAUAUUAAUUUUGUACUGUAACAGGCUAAAAUUAUUUCAUUCUGUAUGCUUUAACCACUGGUCUUGGUCAAAAAGCCUGUGGAUGUGGAAGAUAUCUUGGGGCACAUUCAGGGAGUAAUAACAGAUGCACAGUUUCUCCAGUUUGCUUGCAAACUACAAACUAGUAAAUGCUUCCUUCCAAUUGGUUAAUCAAAGAAGAAAGAAAGGGAACGUUACAGUGAUUACAAAUGCUACAAACCCCAGGCAGGAGUUCCUGUUCACUGAAAAGUUCACUAGCUUGGGGCUAUUUUUUUGCAGGAGAAAGUUUUUGUUUCAGUGAGAAGGAUCUUAUUUGGAAUAUUUAUUUGCAAUAAUUACUCUUGAAUUAUCUGCUUUCUCCUCCUUGCACAAUUGCUCUGAACAACCAGAAAUUGCAAAAUAGAAGCACAUUCUUUUUCAAAGUAAAUAGUUAGUGUCUUCCAUGUUUCUUUCCUGUGUAGGCUUUAAUUCAAAUGUCAGCUCACAUUAAACUAAAGAACAAAAAAGUGAUAUCAACUGGGAUGUAUUAGCUGUACAAUUAAUUCAGUACAAAGACUGGAUCAUAUUAUUGUAGGUUGCAGCAAUUAGUUAUACUGUAAAAACCUUUAUAGAACUAAUAAAAUUCAUGUCACUUUAGUUUUGGUAAUUUGGGUGGCCCUUAUACAUUAACAAUGACUCCCUGACACCAGAGCUUACAAAGUUGCUCUGAAACAGGACUAUGAAAUAGGCAGGGCAAAACUCUCUAAAAGAAUGCCUUUGCUAAAAUAGAUAUGCUGUAGGGCUCUGAUUAACCAAGGAUUUUGCUAAGUGUGGGAGAUAACUGCAUUUAUAACGCAGUGUUAUAUCUGCACUGUUGUUGGUGCUACUUAUAAAAGGGAUUUAUGACCUGUAAAGCAAUACAGUAAACUCUGAAGCAAAAUGACUUUUAAAUUAAUAUGCCAUAAACUGAGGAAAAGGAGUCGCAAAUACAAAAAAGUGUGUAAGCCAUUUAUUUCAGGCAUAGAUAAAACACUCAACAUUUCGGGGGACAAGGCACCCUUAGUCAGAUUAGAAUGAACUAAAUCUGUUACUCAGCAAGUCCCUCAAAUUAUAGGAAAUUAAUUUAGCAUAACCAUCAAUCUUGCGAGAGAUGACAAAAAAAUGCAUCAUAUACAAGCUGUAUAUAGAAACUGUUUCUAAGAUGUGGGGUUGGGGAAUAUGCCUCUGCAACAUGUGAUGUGUAUUUAAUAAAUGUGAUGUUUCUUA